AUGGCAAAAGAAAAGGGCCUAAACUGGAGGGAAAUCAAAAAGCUAGGAGACUUACAGAAGACUCUUGGUAUCACUCUUGAAGAUGCAAUUAAGCUCACCCAAAGUGUCCUCCAUCCUGAACCAUACAGUAAAGAAGAAGUGUGCAAUAUUCUUGGUGUAAGUGCUGAAGAACUUGCACAAACUAGUCUCAGCCAGAACACUCUGACUGUUGCAUCAUUUAAGUUGCAUGAUCGAGCCACCCAUGUGUAUAGUGAGGCGAAAAGAGUGUGGGAUUUUAAGAAAAUUUGCGAUGAGCAGCCUCACAAUGCCUCAGAGAUGCUUGGUCAACUUAUGAAUGACAGCCACACGUCCUGCAGAGACCUUUAUGAAUGUAGCUGUCCAGAUCUUGACCACUUAGUGGACCUUUGCAUACAAUCUGGGGCUCUAGGCUCCAGGCUGACUGGUGCUGGCUGGGGAGGAUGUGCAGUGUCUAUGGUGCCAGCUGAUUGUGUACAGGAAUUCAUUACCAUGGUACAGCAGAGAUAUUAUGCCAAAGAUCCAGCUAGAGAAGCGAGAGUGAAGGAGAGUUUGUUUGCCACAGUUCCAGGAAGUGGUGCAGUUAUCUAUAAGUGGGAUGAUUAGCAACAGCCUGGUUUUGGUGGAAUGUGAAAUUUGUUAUAAGAACACAUGGUGCCAAUAAUGCCAAACUGCAUUUCUGUCUUAAAAUUGGUGUUCAUCAGAGCAAUAUAUUUUAAACAUUUGAUUUGAUAUUUGUAUAAAGUAUUGUAAUUUGCUUGAAGGAUUAAAAUAUGAACUACAGAAGUUCUGUUCAGACUGAGCCAUCACUGUCAGUUAAAAUAUGUCAGUUAUAAAGUUAAAGAAGAUAUAUUUUGAUAUACAUGUAUAAUAAUUCAAAUAAUGAAAAUUCAUAAGCUUUUUUUUAAUAAUUUGUGGUAAUGGUGGAUAACUUGACUGAGCUUGUUCAUUAUUUUUUCAAUUAGAGAAGCUAACAUUCCAAAACCUACUUAUAUACAGAACUUUACAAGUCAAUAAUGUUACUAUUCAGAGGUUUAUUAUCUUUUAAGACAUUUACAUGAAUUGUGUGAUUUUAAUCAUUUAAAAAUAUGAUAUACAUGUCAUCAUGAGUAUUUACAAAUAUCAGAUAACCUAAACUGACCUGCUUUUU